UUUUCGCGCUCCCCAAGAUGUACCUUUCUAAUGACUAAGAGCAGCAAGGCACUGCAGCAACGGCACCUGCGGUCCUCCGUUCAUGUUUACUUUACCCACUCCAAAACCUUCUAGUAUAGUGUGUAGAUGGAGCAGGCUGCUCUUUUGCAACGUCACCGUCGCGAUCGCCGGAAGCUAUUAGAGUUUCUCUUAUCUUCUGGUUUGAUCAAAGAGCUCCGAACUCCAUCCGGUCCAAUCAAUUCUCUCUCUAAUAUCGAUUUUGAUUCUGUCAGCGCCGAUUAUAUUCUCCACUGCCUAAAAUCAGGUGGUGUUAUAGAUGUUACUGAAGCGACUAACAAGUACCUGGUCGAAUCGUCUUAUCCUGUUACGAGUUGUUCACAGACGAGGAACUCCUUUUUUCUUGUUUCUGAUCCAGAUUUAGCUGGAUCUCCUCCUAGGCAUGUGCCGCCUCCGGUUAGUGCGCACCAAACCAAGAAUGCAUCACAAUCAUCAAGUCUGAUGGAAAGGUCACGCUUUGAGAAUGCCACAUUGUUUGGGGAUGAAUCUAGUCCUAGAUAUAAAGUAGGAACAAAUGCUCCUGUUAAGCACAGAAGAAACUCUGAAAUUCCUCCACUUGGGUUACCAAGCCUGAACACAGGAUUAUCUGAUGAUGACUUGCGAGAAUCAGCCUAUGAGUUAUUGCUUGCAUCUAUAUUUAUGUCCAGGGUUGAAGGGAAUUCAACUGACAAUAGAAAGAAAGAAAAGAGUUCCAAAUUUUUGUCUGGAUCUAAAAGUAGAAGGGAAAAAAUGCUUCCUCAAUCUGAGUCUUUAGGGAGACACUCAGAGCUCUUGCAGACUGUUCGUGUUCAGAUGCAGAUUUCAGAAGCAAUGGAUGCUUGCAUCAGGCGAAAUUUGAUGCAAUUGGCAGCGAGGAGAAUGAAUGGACAAAUUGACCUUCCUCGUGUCUCCGUUGGGCUUUUGAAUGGAAUUUUCAAGUCUGAUUUUCGUAAUGAAAAAUCCUAUGCGCAAUGGAAGAAUAGGCAGGCAAAUGUAUUAGAAGAAUUUCUUUGUUUUUCUGCUAAUAUCAUGACAACUGAACAUCUAACCAUCAGAAGCCAUGUUGCAAAGAUCAGAGAUGAGAAGGAGUGGGAUGAUAUAAUGUCACCUUCAGAGCGCGUUGCAGUUCUAGCAUCUAUUAGACAAGUUGCUGCAAAUUUGUCAUCUUUGCCUGGGCGAUAUGGCAUCCAAGGUGAAACAUUUUAUUGGACAGCUAGCUAUCACUUGAACACAAGACUUUAUCAGAAAUUACUUUUUGGUGUCUUUGACGUUCUUGAUGAAGGCCAACUCAUAGAGGAAGUUGCUGAGUUCUUAUCACUUAUAAAAUUAACCUGGUCUACAUUAGGCAUCACUCAAAAAGUGCAUAAUGCAUUAUAUGGGUGGGUCCUUUUUCAACAGUUUGUGGAGUCAGAUGGAGGCGUGCUUUUAGAAAAUGCAGUUCUUGAGUUGCAAAAAGUUUCAUCUGCUGAAGAAGCUGAUGGAAAGGAGAAGCAGUAUAUGAACAGCCUAGUAUGUUCAAGGCAAUAUGAUGGGCAUGAAUUAAAGUUAAAUUUAGUGCAGGGUGUAUUUGUCUCAAUAAGCAUUUGGUGUGACAAUACACUACAAGAUUAUCAUCUGCAUUUUAGUCAGAAACCUAGUUAUUUCAAAACAAUGAUGAUCCUUGUGUCAGUGGUUGGACUUCUUACUUCUGAGGAUCGUGAUGAAAUUAAGCUAUCAGAAUUGAGUGCUUCAAGUGCUACUGUUUCUAGAAAACUUAAAUCUCUUGUGAAGAAGUCCAUCAAUGCUGUAAUUAUGAGGGUUGCAAGUAAAGUGGAUCUUGAAUCUAAAGUACAAGGCAUGCAUCCAUUAGCCAUGCUUGCUAAGGAACUAAAAUUGAUUGCUGAAAGAGAGUUCAAUGUCUUUUGGCCAGUGUUGCAUCAAUGGUGUCCCGAAUCCCUGAUGACAUCAGUUGUUCUAUUGCAUCAAUUUUAUGGGGAAAGACUGAAACCAUUCCUUAAGGGAGUGUCCUCUCUUUCAGGAGAUGCUCGAUCAGUUCUAUCUGCUGCUGAAAUGUUGGACAAUUACUUGACUCAGCUGUAUACGACUGCUCUGGGAACAGAUAGGUUGCUUCACUCCAAUCAAGUUUUGGACCAUUAUGAGAUUGGACAAGUUUCCGCACCACUUGUUCUGGAUUGGGUGAUAUCUCAGCAUGCUCAUAUUCUGGAAUGGACUGGACGUGCUUUUGAUAUUGAGGAUUGGGAGCCUUUAUCCUUUCAUCAACGACAGGCAGCAUCUAUAGUAGAAGUUUUCAGGAUCAUAGAGGAGACUGUGGAUCAGUUCUUUGGGUUGAAUCUUCCUAUGGAUAUUACCCAUCUACAAGCUCUAUUAUCUAUAAUUUUCCACAGCCUAGACACAUAUUUGCUGAAAAUGCUCAACCACUUAGUUGAGAAGCAUCAUCUCUACCCCUCUGCUCCCCCUUUAACUCGCUAUACGGAGACUGUUAUUCCGGUGAUUAAGAAAAGGCUUCUGGAGUGUGCAUCUUUGGACAAUAAUGUGAACUAUAAGUUGAAUGAGUUAACAAUUCCAAAACUCUGCAUUAGGUUGAAUACCCUUCAAUAUAUUCAGAAACAAAUUACCACGCUAGAAGACGGAAUUAGAAAAUCUUGGGGACUGAUCAAGCCAUCUCAUACCUCAAGAUGGAGAAACAAUGAGCCACAAGAAGAGAGUACUUCACUAACAUCCACUGAAGCUAUCGACGCACUAUUUGCAACCACUUGUAGCAUCAUCAAGGAAACUGCAACAGAUGCUAUGAACAAAUUCUGUGCCUUUGCUGGAGCAAGAGUUGUGUUUUGGGAUCUGAGAGACAAAUUCUUAUUUCAUUUAUAUCGUGGUGAGGUUGCAAAUUCUCGUUUGGAAGGUUUGCUUCCUCAUGUUGACGCUGUACUCGAUCUCAUAUGUGGAUUGAUUGAUGAUACUCUCAGAGACAUUGUGGUGUUAAGCAUCUUUCGAGCAUCGUUGGAAGCCUACAUUUGGGUAUUGUUGGAUGGAGGCCCUUCUCGUGCAUUUUCUGAUUCAGAUGUUUGUAUGAUGGAAGAUGACUUUAAAUUGUUGAAGGAUUUCUUUAUAGCUGAUGGAGAAGGCCUUCCUCGUUCAUUAGUCGAAAAGGAAGCAAAAUUUGCUCAACGGAUACUUGGCUUAUUUACUCUUCAGACUGAAACCAUUAUUAAAAUGUUGAUGCAUGCAAGCGAACACAUCUCAAUGAGAUUGGAUUCAGAUAAACAUGGUCAGACGCGCUUGGAAGAUGCUCAAACUUUAGUACGAGUCCUGUGCCACAAGAAAGACAGAGAGGCUUCCAAGUUCCUAAAACAGCAAUAUCAGCUUCCCAUGUCUUCAGAGUAUGAUGACACUCCAUCUCAAGAUUCAACUUUUAGAUCGCCUGUUAUAUCGGAUAUUCUCAAGCGAAGUUACUCAACUCAUUGGACCAAAAAGGGUCAGAGCAGUUUCAAAUCAAUAAAGAAGAAACUUCAAGAAGCAACAUCUGAGAUCAGGAAUGUUGCACGGUAACCACUAACCAGUACCUCAACUUGGUACUUCAGAAAGGUAAGUUAAAUUCUAUUGUUAAAUCCAAGAGAACAAAUUGAAGUUCAUCCUUGCAUCUACAGCAGGGAGCAUAAUGACUCAUUGAGACACCAUUACAUUCCCAGCAAGCCAAUUUUUGUAUGUAAAUGGAAAUUCAUCAACCACUGAGAUUCAUAGUUGAGUGUAAAUCCACAGCAAUCUGUUGGUAUACACUCAUGUAUUUAUAGAUUAGAAAAAAUUAGUGACGGUUCACUGGCAGGUUUAGCAAUGAGAAUUUGUUUCUGGGGUAAUUAGAAAAUCAUCAAUGAUUAGAUUUGAUGUUAUGCAAUCUUAAAGAUUGUCUACAGGCGAAAACAUAUGCACAGAGAAUUGGCCGCCGUUCUUUCCUUGCUUUUGUUUGAUUCUACAUUUGUCAAAAGUGGGAUUACUUUUUCUUCUGCCUUAAAGGUGAAAAUGAUUUUAUCAUUU